UCACCUGAGAAUAUGGAGUUAUCGGCAGAUUCAGAGAAACAACAUUUAAUUGAUGCUCAUUUGGUGCCUCUUUUAUCGACGAGUUCUACAGAGGAAAAAUAUUCAGACUCUGGAUCUGAGUUCAGUGAAGAUGCCUCCAGUGUGGACGGUCUGUGGCAACCCGACCAGCUCUGCCAGGAGACGGACGCCGUGUCGGCGGCUGAAAGUGAUGCAAGACGUUUGGCCAGGAGGAAACUUUACAUCGCCUGCGCUGUCAGCCUCGUGUUCAUGACCGGGGAGGUGAUCGGUGGAUACGCUGCUCGCAGUCUGGCCAUCAUGACAGACGCAGCUCAUCUUCUCACUGAUUUUGGGAGCAUCCUGAUCAGCAUCUUCUCUCUGUGGCUCUCAUCCAGGCCUCAGACACAAACCAUGACCUUUGGAUGGCAUCGAGCAGAGAUCUUGGGCAUGUCGUUGUCCGUUGUGUCCAUCUGGGCUGUGACAGCAGUGCUGGUCUUAUCGGCCGCACAGAGGAUCACUGAUGGAGACUACGACAUCGACAGUCAGAUCAUGUUAAUAACAUCAGGUUGUGCCGUGGGCGUCAACGUCCUGAUGGUGCUGAUCCUCCAUCAGUCCGGUGCGUCCCACGGCCACAGCCACGGGUUUUCCAGCAGCCGGCUGCAGAGGGACGGUGAGCGCCGGAGGCACGGCCACACUCAUGGGCACGGCAACGCCAGCGUGAAGGCGGCCUUCAUCCACGUGGUGGGAGACCUGCUGCAAAGUGUCGGGGUCCUGCUGGCUGCAACCAUCAUCCACUUCUGGCCUGAAUAUAAAGUAGCAGAUCCAAUUUGUACGUUGCUGUUCUCAGUUCUUGUUCUUGCGACGACAUUUCCAGUCACCAGAGACGUUUUCAGGAUACUGAUGGAGGCCACUCCUCAGGACAUUAACGUCAACACUGUCAGAGAGUUGGUGCUGUCCGUCAGAGGAGUCGUGGCCGUUCACAGUUUGCACACGUGGAGCCUCAGCAUGACUCACUCUUUACUCUCUGUCCACGCGGUCACAGAGGAAGAUGCUGAUACGCAGAUCGUCCUCCUGAAGGCAACAGAGCUGCUGCGCUCUGAGUUUGGUUUCUCCAAAAUCACAAUCCAAGUGGAGCGUGACAGUACCAGGGCCGUGAGAUGACUGUGGAGACAGACUGAUGACAGCAGGAACAACCUCCUACUCACCGCUUUAUGACCGGCCGAUGGUACAGCUGAACCUUUUUACAUUUCAAGAGUUUGUGACACUGUUUACAUGGAUUCUUUAAGAUGUUUUUGGCUGUUUUGAGAGCAGCUGCCAGCUGGCAUCUAUACACUGCUUCCUCACUCACGUGCUGAAGAUGCUUCCAGCCUCUACGCAUUUCAUUUACAGGUAAUUUCCUCUACACAUGCACAACUUCUGAUCCAUGUUAUGUUUGCUGGUGCACAGCUACUCUCCUGUAGAUAUUCAGAAACUUGGAGCAUUUUGCACUUGCAUAAAUCCGACCGGUGUAACAGUUUUUUUCAUUUGUGUAUGACUAGACAUGUUCAGUAUUUGUUGACUGGUUGAAUAUAAACUGCAACACUGUGUUUACAUUAAUAAUUGCUUAUUUCUCAAGUUUUCUGAUUAUUAUUGACAUAUUUUAAAAGUUUUUUUCCUCUAAC